AUGAAGUCAAAGAAGAAAGCUCACGGAGACAGAAAGAAACACCGUCACCAGGAGAAACAUAAGGACAAACGGCGCCACCGAAGACCGUCUUCGUCUUCGGACUCUUCCGCUUCUCUGUCUCGCUCGCCUGUUCGGAAAAAGAUACGAGGGAGGAAGCCCGAUUCAUCUGCGUCGACUACUCAACGCGAGAUUUCACCGCCGCCUCGCGUCUUUCCCCCAUCUCCCCGGUCGUACGGUCGAGAUGCGCGCGCAAACUGUGCGUACGCCUUGGACGACCGAAGUCGACGUCGAACACGCCGGCGGUCCUCCUGCGAAAACGAGGUCGUCAGUUUCACAUACAGCCGGCCGACUGUAGACGCCGCGAGUUCAGAAGCAGCGGAGGCGGACCACACGCGAACUCUACGCAGUUCUUCCGUCGUCGCUAAGGUGGCGGCGGCGACUCUGAAGAAUCGUUCACCAGCUACCCGCGAAGAGAGAGGGGCUCCCGAGCAACUGAUUCCUUCCGAACGCCUUGCUCACGGCAGCUCUGAGAAUAGAAGGAAGGCGCACGUUGGAGUCCGUGACGGCUUCUCGGGAGACAAGAGUCUUGGCAAACCUGACCGGCCAGGAAUAGAAGACAGUUCGGCACUCGCAGCGUCCUCGUACGAACUCAAAACCUACCACAAAGCAUUCGGUUUAGAUGUAGGUGGCUACGCGUUUGUUGGUGAAGAGGAGUCCUUUCCUCUCUCCGACUCCCGGCGCGAGGAAGACAGACGACCCCUGGAAGCUGCAGUCGCAGCCGGAGCGGCAGCGUCGCUGCUCCAUGGGUCUCUGGUUGAAGUGAAAGGGACCGAACGACCGAGACGCUUUGAGAAAAGGACCAGCAAGACUCACCCCCACCUUUUCUGGCAGUGCUGGAGCUGCGGGGCCGAUAAUUACAAAACUCGACACCAGUGUUUCAAGUGCAACCGGCUGUUUGCUGCAUGA